AGAAAAAAAAAAAAGAGUGAGAAAAAAAAAAAAACAGAAAUCACAUCACUUUUGCCUCUUGCUCUCUCUGUCCAACCCAACCCCAAAAAAACCCAUUUUCCUCUGUUUCUUUAAUCCUUUUUGUCUUAAUAAUAAAACCCAGUAGAAAUCGCAGCUGAAAUUUUAGGAAACGAGAUUGAAGUGGUCUCUUUAAUCGAGAAAAGAGGAUGACCCUUGAGCUUGAGGAGUACAUGGCGAAUAAUGGUGGAGAAUCGAAGAAUCUCUAGCCCUGGUUGCUCUUGAUUUUCCCCCCCUCCCGGUCCUCUGUUUUGUGCUCUGCAAUGGUGUUUUCGAAAGUACCCAGAAGCUGAAAGGGAGGAAUUUUGUGUGGUUUUUGUGCGGAGAUGGCAGUUUCGGAGGCUAGCCAAGACGUGUUUCCAUGGCUGAAAUCUCUGCCUCUGGCGCCGGAGUUUCGCCCCUCUCCGGCAGAGUUCCAAGAUCCGAUCGCAUACAUUUUCAAGAUCGAGAAGGAAGCUUCCAAGUACGGAAUCUGCAAAAUCUUGCCUCCAGUGCCUCCGGCCUCGAAGAAGACGAUGAUUUCUAACCUCAACCGCUCCCUGGCAGCGCGUGCAGCCGCGGCGGCCCGAGAAGGCGGCGCGUGUGACUACGAUCGGCCCACAUUCACCACGCGGCAGCAGCAGAUCGGGUUCUGCGCUCGGAAGCAGCGGCCGGCGCAGAGACCCGUGUGGCAGAGCGGUGAGCAUUACACGUUCCAGGAGUUCGAGGCAAAAGCUAAGAACUUUGAGAAGAAUUACCUGAAGAAGUGCGGGAAAAAGGGUCCUCUCUCGGCCCUAGAAAUCGAAACCCUUUACUGGAGAGCCACUGUGGACAAGCCCUUCUCUGUGGAGUAUGCAAAUGACAUGCCUGGCUCGGCUUUUAUACCGCUUAGCACUGCUGCGGUGCGGCGGAGGGAAUCAGGCGACGGCGGCACGGUGGGGGAGACGACUUGGAACAUGAGGGCGGUGUCGAGGGCUGAAGGGUCGCUGCUCAAGUUCAUGAAGGAGGAGAUUCCUGGAGUGACCUCUCCAAUGGUGUAUAUCGCCAUGAUGUUCAGCUGGUUUGCUUGGCAUGUUGAGGACCAUGACCUCCAUAGCUUGAAUUACUUGCAUAUGGGAGCUGGAAAAACCUGGUAUGGUGUGCCCAAGGAUGCUGCAGUGGCUUUUGAGGAGGUGGUUAGGGUUCAUGGUUAUGGAGGAGAGCUCAAUCCUCUGGUGACAUUUGCUACACUUGGUGAGAAGACAACUGUGAUGUCUCCAGAAGUAUUUGUUAAAGCUGGGAUACCAUGUUGCCGGUUAGUGCAAAAUCCUGGAGAGUUUGUUGUCACAUUUCCAAGAGCAUAUCAUUCGGGGUUUAGUCAUGGCUUCAACUGCGGCGAGGCAUCUAACAUUGCAACUCCAGAGUGGUUGACAAUGGCCAAAGAUGCUGCUAUCCGGAGAGCUGCAAUUAAUUAUCCUCCUAUGGUUUCUCAUUUCCAAUUACUGUAUGAUUUUGCUCUUGCUUUAUGUUCAAGAGUUCCAGCAAGCCUCACAACGAAACCACGGAGCUCUAGAUUGAAGGAUAAGAAAAAGAGCGAAGGAGAGAGAUUGACUAAAGAGUUGUUUGUACAAAAUGUGAUCAAGAACAACAAAUUGCUUCAUUCUCUUGGAAGAGGAUCUCUGGUGGUCCUCCUCCCACGGAGUUCCUCGGAUAUAUCGGUUUGUUCUGACUUACGAGUUGGAUCACAGUUGAGAACUAAUCAGGAAAAAACCCUCCAAGUAUUCAGGGAUGAUGUGAAACCUGAAGAACUAGGUUCCAGUUAUGGCAUGAUUGGUUUCAAUAAUGAUACGAAACUAGACAAGGGUACCGUUUCAGUUAAAGAAAAGUUUACGUCACUUUGCGAAAGGAACAGAAAUUUCCCAUCGUGGGGUAACAAUACUCAAGGAACGCUUAUAGAUGCUAGACGGGAACGUGGUGAUCGAGCUGAGGGUUUGUCGGAUCAGAGGCUUUUUUCAUGUGUUACAUGUGGAAUCUUGAGCUUUGAUUGUGUAGCUAUCGUCCAACCUAGGGAAGCAGCUGCUAGAUAUCUUAUGUCUGCAGAUUGUAGCUUCUUCAAUGAUUGGACAGUUGGUUCUGGAUUAGCAAGUUCUGGUCAGGAUACAAGUUCUCCUGUGAUGAAACCCGUUGCACAAGGCACUGGAAAGCGUGAUGUAAAUUACUUGUACGAUGUUCCAGUUCAAACUGGUGAUUGCCAGAUGAAGACAGGCAAUCAGAGAAAUGGAACAGCUUCCAAGACGAAUGAAGAGAAAGAUAGUGGUGCUCUUGGCUUGUUGGCAUCGACGUAUGGAGAUUCUGAUUCUGAGGAAGACAAUGAUGAUCCAGAUGUUCCUCUCUCGGAAGGAGAAACAAAUAUUACAAACUGUUCACCACCAAAGAAGUAUCUCCAAGAUUGUGUUUCUCAGAAAAUGGACUGCAAUGAGGAAGCUGGGCUUAGACAAUCUGAUUUGAAUUUUAGAACUGAUCAAACAUGUGAUGGAACUGAUGAGUUUAGGGCACAGAGACUUGCAUGUAGAAGAAGCAAUGGAGUAGAGGUUCAUGCUACUUCAAGUUGUUCUACAGUUUCUUGCACCACUGAACAGAAAAGGUUAGGGUUAGGAGAGGGCACCACCUCGCUUUUGGACAUGGAUUUACCCUUUGUUCCGAGAUCUAACGAGGACUCCUCUCGGUUGCACGUGUUCUGUCUCGAGCAUGCUGCGGAAGUAGAACAGCAACUUCGACCAAUUGGGGGAGUGCGUAUAAUGCUAAUAUGCCAUCCAGAGUAUCCCACGAUAGAGGCCGAAGCAAAGUUAGUUGCUGAAGAACUAGAAAUUGAUCACCAAUGGAACGAUGUUGAGUUCCGGAGUGUGACCCGAGAGGACGAGGGAAGAAUUCAGUCAGCCCUGGAUAACGAGGAAGCCAAGGCUGGGAACAGUGACUGGGCUGUAAAGCUGGGCAUUAAUCUCUUUUACAGUGCGGUCCUAAGUCGCUCUCCGCUGUACAGUAAGCAAAUGCCCUACAACUCGGUCAUAUAUAGCGCCUUUGGCCGCAGCUCUCCUGCCAGCUCACCAUCGAAACCCGAGUUUCCUGGCAGGAGGUCUUCCAGGCAGAAGAAAUUUGUUGUCGGAAAAUGGUGUGGUAAAGUUUGGAUGUCGCAUCAGGUGCAUCCCUUUUUAGUCCAGCAGGACUCGGAGGACGAAGAACUUGACAGAAACUUCCACUCUCGAGCUGUUAUGGAUGAAGGUGUUACUGAAAGGAAACCGUUUAGCAUUCUCAGAAAUGUAACAACAAUGGUGGCAAGAAAGUAUUGCAGGAAAAGAAAGAUGAGAGCAAAGCCCAUGUCACGCAAAAAGCUUACAUCCUUUAGGACAGAAUGUGGAGUUUCAGACGAUACAUCAGAGGAUCAUCCUUAUAAACAGCAAUGGAGGGCUUCUGGGAAUGAGGAAGAUUCUUAUUUCGAGACAGGAAACACAGUUUCGGGUGAUCUGUCAGAUCAGAUGUCUGAUCAGCGGCUCGGGAGGAGGGGUACUAAAUUUCAGGAUGAAGAGGAUGAGAGGUCUGAUGACAUGUCAGAGGAUAAAUAUCCUAACCUUAAGCGCAAGGGAAUUCUCCGACAUAAAGGAGUUCACGAAUUUGAGUCAGAGGACGAAGUUUCAGACCGUUCCCUAGCGGAAGAAUAUACAGCAAGGGACUUUGCACCUUCAGACAACUCAAUGGAGAAUGGGUUUCAACCAAAUAAGCAGUCGAGGCUUCUUGAGAUGGACAGAGAAGCUUCUGAUGAUGAUUCAGCAGAUGAUGAUGAUGAUAAUAUAUACAGGCAGCAGAGGGAGAUUCCUAGGAGCAAACGGACUAGAAUAUUUAAGAACGUGUUUUCUUAUGAUUCUGAAGAGAAUGGUUCUUAUCGGCAUAGGAGCAGAAUGCCCAGAAGAACAAGGAAAGCCAGUCGAAUUGGUCGUAAAGAAGAGUUUUCCUACGAAUCAGCAGAAGACAAUACAGAUGAUGAGAACCGCAGGGUUAUGAAACACAGGAAAGUGAAAAACAUCGAGGAAAAGGAAGAUGAGAGAUGCAGUGAUUCUGUGGAGGAACAAGACUUCUGCAGUAGAAGAAAGAGGACUGCAACACGAAAAGCAAAGCCUGAGAUACUUCAGAGUCUGAAAGGAACAAAAGGGCAACCGGCCUCUAGAAAGAAGAAGAAGAAACAAGAGGGAAUUCGUGUUUUGAACGUCAAGCAAGAGAAAGACAAUGUACCGUUGGAUUCAUAUACAGAGGGCCCUAGCACUCGGCUUAGGGUUAGAAACCAGAAACCCUCAAGAGUAUCAGAGACAAAAUCCAAGAAACCCGGCAAGAAAGAAAGGAAUGCCUCCUCCUUCUCGAGAGUAGCAAAUGAAGAAGAUGAUGAUGAUGCAGAAGAAGAAGAAGAAGAUGAUGAGGAAGAAGGAAGCUCGGUAUACCGAUGCAACAUGGAGGGUUGCACGAUGAGUUUCAGCACGAAGCAACAACUGGCGCUGCACAAAAGGAACAUAUGCCCGGUCAAAGGCUGUGGAAAGAAGUUCUUCUCGCACAAGUAUUUGGUUCAGCACAAGCGUGUUCAUCUGGAUGACCGUCCUCUGAAAUGUCCAUGGAAGGGCUGCAAGAUGACGUUCAAAUGGGCAUGGGCUCGGACCGAGCACAUUAGGGUUCACACGGGCGAGAGGCCUUACGUUUGCGCUGAACCAGGAUGUGGCCAGACAUUCAGGUUCGUCUCAGACUUCAGCAGACACAAACGGAAGACGGGUCACUCGGUUAAGAAAACGAAAAGGUGAUUUAGUUUUAACACCGAUGAAAUCCGGUGAGAGAGAUUAAUCCAUUGAUCGAUUAGGGGGAGAUUGGAUUUAAGGGGUUAGAGGGGGUUUAAUUAGAGACUUUGGAUCAUGGGGAUGUCAUUGAUUCGGAUCUUUAACUGUGUAUGUCUCUCGGGUUCUCUUCUUUGGAGGCACAUUCUGUUCAAAAGAGAGCCAUUGUUGUUGUUGAACAUUUCAAGAUGGAUUCUCCUUUGUCUUGUCUUGAUCUCUGUUAUGUUUCAUUGUCUUGUUUUAGUUGGCAGUUGGAAGUGUAAACAAAUUUGGAGCAGGAAAAUUUUAGCUUUUUGCUUCUC